AUGGUAGCCGGUGCCGGGAACCCCGGGCGGCAUCUCGCCGUCCUUGUUCUCCUCCUCUUCCUCCUCGCCGCCGCCGCCGCGGCGCCCGCGGCCGUGAACGGGGACCGCCUCCGGGCGGAGCAGAUCCGGAAGCAGGCCUCGGACGCAGCCGCAUCCGCCGCCGCGUUCGCCGCGGCGUCGCGCCGCCUCCACCUCUACCGCGCGCAGCACCUCCGCCUGCUCUCCUCGCUCCACCGCAACCUCACCAACACGCUCCGCGCGCUCUCCAUAGCCGCCGACUCCGCCUCCGCCUCGGACCCUACCUCCGGCGCCGGCGCCGCCUCCGCCUCCGCCAACGUUUCGUCCUCCCGCCAGCUCGACCUCCAGGCCAAGGACCUCAUCCGCGCCGCGCGCGCCGCCAUCGCCGACUCCAAGCCGCUCUUCGACCCGCAGCUCAAGAUCCAGCGCCUCAAGGACACCAUCUUCGCGCAGAACGAGCUGCUCGCGCGCGCCAAGAAGCGCGGCGCCUUCGCCUCCCUCAUCGCCGCCAAGUCCAUCCCCAAGCCGCUCCACUGCCUCGCCGUCCGCCUCACCGCCGAGCGGAUCGCCAGGCCCGACCACUACGCGGACCCGGUGCCGCCGCCGCCGGCGCUCGAGGACCCCGCGCUCUUCCACUAUGCGAUCUUCUCCGACAACGUGCUCGCGGCCUCAUGCGUCGUGCGCUCCGCCGUAGCCAACUCCAACGAUCCCUCUAAGCAUGUCUUCCAUGUUGUCACCGACCGGAUGAAUCUCGGCGCCAUGCAGGUGAUAAUAUGUCGAAUGGACUUAAAAGGUGCACACUAUGAGGUCAAAGCAUUUGAGGAUUACAAAUUCCUCAACUCCUCAUAUGUUCCUGUGCUCCGGCAACUGGAGUCAGCAAACCUCCAGAAAUUCUAUUUUGAGAACAAGCUUGAGAAUGCCACCAAAGAUGCUAGCAAUAUGAAGUUUAGGAAUCCCAAAUAUCUGUCUAUGCUUAAUCACUUGCGAUUCUAUUUGCCGGAGAUGUACCCAAAGCUACACCGCAUUCUUUUCCUGGAUGAUGAUGUUGUGGUACAGAGGGAUCUUACAGGACUCUGGAAGAUUGACAUGGAUGGGAAGGUGAAUGGGGCAGUAGAAACAUGCUUUGGAUCUUUUCAUCGAUAUGCACAGUAUAUGAACUUCUCACACCCCCUUAUCAAAGCAAAGUUUAAUCCUAAUGCCUGUGGAUGGGCAUAUGGAAUGAAUUUCUUUGAUCUUGAUUCUUGGAGGAGGGAGAAGUGUACUGAGCAGUACCAUUAUUGGCAGAAUCAGAAUGAGAACCGGACAUUAUGGAAGCUUGGAACGCUACCCCCAGGCUUAAUCACUUUCUACUCCACCACAAAACCUCUGGAGAAAUCUUGGCAUGUUCUUGGACUUGGAUACAAUCCAAGCAUCAGCAUGGAGGAGAUUAGAAAUGCUGCUGUUGUGCAUUUCAACGGCAACAUGAAGCCCUGGCUUGACAUCGGUAUGAAUCAGUUCAGGCACCUUUGGACAAAGUAUGUGGACUAUGAUGACUCAUAUAUUCGUCAAUGCAAUUUUGCACCACCAUAG